GAAAUACAUGGGUAGCGUGUGAGUGCACCACCAAAAGGAUAAAGCGAUCAAAUAUCAAGUCUCCCAGCUUCAUUAUCAUUGUCGAAGCAUCUGCGAAAAAUCAACAUUUAACGAAUCGUCCUGCCUAGCAACGAGCGGCAAACUCAGAAUUCACGCUCAUUUAGCUAUUAAUGUGUUUCAAUCCAAGUGCCGGGUGCUAGUACAUAGUGUUUGAAGUUUCGGGCAUCUACUCUGCUAUUGACUUGAUAUACACAGUUGAAAAUGGUCCUAGUCUCUCGACGCAGCGUGUACAGAUCUAUAAUUUGCAAAUUUGCCUCUUGAAAAUUUCGCACAUCACUGAUCUCAUAAAGAGGAACGCGGACGGGCUUUCGUCGAUGACCACCCCUGUGUUCGAAGACAGUCUACAAUCUUCUACAACUUCAUCUUGCGAAAUGGCGGUGGGCACAGGCGACAUAAAUGAUCCACGAAAUGAAUCCUACAAAAACGUCUUGGGCACAACGUUGCAGCUCUUUAGUCGCCAGCCAUUAACGGGCUUCAACCGCGACGGGUUCUGUCGAGUUACCGCUGGCGAUUUUGGCAACCACAGUGUCGCGGGGGUGGUUUCUGAAGAAUUCCUAGACUUCACGGCAAGUCGGGGUAAUGACCUUAGGGUCGUUGGCCUAUCUGAAGGUUGCAAGUGGUGCCUCUGCGCGAGUAGAUGGAAGGAGGCGCUGGAUGCAUUUCGUGCAGGACGGAUCAGUAGAAAUGGAGUACCAAAGGUGAGAUUAGAAUCCACGGAUCAAUCUGCCCUGCGAACCAUAUCGUUGCAGGACCUAGAGGAAUUUAGGACCAACUAAGACUGAAGUAAAAACUGGGACACUAUGGCUUGACAGCUGACAUUCUUAUCUUGAAACGAUGGACUAUGAAAUAAAAAAUUUAGGUACAAGAAGGAACACCGAAAGGUUCCUUUAAAUGUUCACCUUGCAUGUUCAGAAGUAUUAAAGGAAAUUCGACCAUGGGAAAGUUCAUUCUUUCAAAUCUGUAUUUAUGGGAGGCUUAGCAUCCGACAUAAAUUGCUAUAAUAAAGUUAACGAUUUGUAGUA